GUGCUGGAGGGCAAAGACCUUCCCGCUGCUGAUCGCGGGGGGACGUCGGACCCCUACCUGGAGGUGAAGAUAGGGGACAAGACCGUGACUACCCAGAUCCAGAUGAAAACUUUGAAUCCCGUCUGGGAUCAGAAGUUCUACUGGGAGAACGUGAGGCUCACUGAUGUCAUUCAGGUGAGCGUGUGGGAUUAUGACAGGUUCUCCAAGAACGAUAUGAUCGGAACUUGCGAGAUCAGCCUCUCCUCUUUCGAGCUCAACAUCGUCAAGGACAGAUGGUACUCCGUAGAUAUG